UACUCCAGGGCUUGAAGAUGGAGACAAGGACGGUGUUGGGUUCAGCACUGCUGGUACUUCUCUUCCUUAACGUAGCCAUGCUGGAUGCUGCAUCUGUGGAAGGAAGUAACUGCACUAAAGCUUCAGAUCGGUCCUGUGGAGAAUGCAUUCAGGUUGAUGAGAAGUGUGGAUGGUGCAAGAAAAAGGACUAUAAGUAUCCACGCUGCGAUGAUAUUAAGGCCCUGCUUGAGAAAGGAUGUCCAACGACCGACGUAGAAAACCCCCGAGGGACAAUCGUCAUCGACAAAGACAAACUGGUCACCAAUCGUAAAAUCGACGUGGCGGAGAAACUCAAGACGAGCGAGAUCACUCAGAUCCAGCCUCAGAAACUUACCUUAAACCUAAGAGCAGGCGAGCCUCAGAAGUUUUCUCUGAAGUUCAAAAGGGCGGAGGAUUACCCCAUUGACCUGUACUACCUGAUGGACCUCAGUAACUCUAUGCAAAAAGAUCUCCAGAACGUCAAGAGGCUGGGAACUGACCUGGCCCGAGAGAUGCAGGACCUCACUUCAGACCUAAGACUCGGGUUCGGCUCAUUCUUGGAGAAGCUUGUCAUGCCUUUUGUGAUGAUGACCCCCAAGAAGCUGGAAAACCCUUGUGCCCCAGCCAGCUGUGCUCGACCUUUCAGCUACAGAAACGUCCUGAACCUCACCAGCAACGGCCAAGAGUUCACAGACGUCGUCAGUCGGCAGGAAACAUCUGGAAACUUGGACGCUCCAGAGGGAGGAUUCGAUGCCAUCAUGCAGUCUGUUGUUUGCAGGCAUAUCGGCUGGAGGAACGCAACAAAGUUGCUGGUGUUCUCUACAGAUGCAGCGUUUCACUUCGCCGGAGACGGGAAGCUGGCCGGCCUUGUGAUUCCCAAUGAUGGAAAGUGCCACCUGGAUAACAACAUGUACACAAAAAGUGAUUAUUUUGAUUAUCCUACCAUCUCACAGCUGGCAGAAACUUUAAGUGAAAACAAUAUUCAGACCAUAUUUGCUGUAACCGAAGACGUCAAAACACUGUACAAGGAGCUGUCAGAGCUUAUACCAAAGUCUGCAGUAGGAGCCCUGUCUGCUAACUCCUCCAAUGUGAUCCAGCUUAUCAUCGAUGCGUACAACUCUCUGUCCUCUGAGGUGAUUCUGGAGAACAGCAAGCUGCCUGAAGGAGUGAGUGUCGUAUACGUGUCCCACUGCAAGGACGGCGUGACUCAGACAGGAGACAACGGGCGAAAGUGCUCAAACAUCUCGAUUGGGGAUGAGGUGACCUUUGAUAUAGCUGUCACGUCUAAAGGCUGCCCAUCACGAAAACCAGAGACCAUAAAGAUCAAGUUGCUGGGGUAUAAUGAGGAGGUCGAGGUUGUCCUGAAUUUCAUCUGUGAGUGUGAAUGCCACAAAGACGGAAUCCCUAACAGUCCAGAUUGUCACUUUGGUAAUGGAACAUUUGAGUGUGGAACAUGCAGGUGUAAUGCCGGGCGUAUCGGAAGGCAGUGCGAAUGCAGCAGAGACCAAGUCUCCACAGAGGACAUGGACUCGACCUGCCGGAAAGACAACGGUACCGAUAUCUGCAGCAACAACGGACACUGCUUGUGUGGGGUGUGUGAGUGCAAGAUCCGUGAUAACCCAGAGGAGGCGUACGAUGGAAAGUACUGCGAGUGCGACAACUUCAGCUGCGAUAGGUCUGGUGGAAAGCUCUGUGGAGGUCAUGGUAAGUGUGUGUGCAAGAAAUGCUCCUGUGAUGCUGGCUACACGGGAAGUGCAUGCGAGUGUCCCCUGGACAAACGGUCCUGCAUGGCGGCUGAUGGGAGGAUCUGCAACGGCCGUGGUACCUGCGAGUGCGGAGUGUGUAAAUGUAAUAGUUCCAAAUACACCGGCCCCACCUGUGAGGAAUGUACCAGUUGUUUAGGGGUCUGUGAGGACAACAAGGCCUGUGUUGAGUGCCGUUUGAACGAGGCCGGAAACAGUGAAACGUGCGACAAAGAAUGUUACUUAUUCAAUCUAACCAAGGUGGAGAAAAAAGAGGAACUUCCAGAGACACGCUGUAAAGUGCGAGAUUCUGAAGAUUGCUGGCUCUUUUUUACCUAUACGCCCAGCGAAAACUACGGGGAAGGGCCGCACGUAACCGUAGCGAAGAAAACCGAUUCAGACUGCUACUCAAGUCCUAACCUAAUUCCUAUUGUGGCUGGAGUGAUCGGAGGCAUCGUUCUGAUUGGUCUGGCCCUACUUCUCAUCUGGAAGCUUCUUAUGAUCAUUCAUGAUCGCAGAGAGUUUGCAAAGUUUGAGAAGGAGAAGAUGAAUGCGAAGUGGAAUACGACAUCGAACCCUAUCUAUAGGAGUGCUGUGACGACGGUUGUCAACCCAAAAUAUGAGGGCAAUUGAGGAAACCUCCUGGUGUUUAAAAUGUUUUUAAUUAAAUUGUACAUUUUUUACGUGUUGGUUUGAUAAUGUUUGAUAUGUUGCAUACAGUGUUACAAACCUGAAUAAACAAACUUAACAAAUACACUACUGAUCAGUGUAUUUUCUAAAUUCACAUAUGUCUUCAGAUUUAGCUAUCUGGAAUCUGGAAACAGGAUCCACACUAACUUUUACAUGCGACGUUUAAUGUUUUACCAACUUAAUUUAAUUUUGUAAAUAUAUGCUUAUUUCAAAUUUUAUGUAUAGCUGUAUUGGAACCAGGUAAACAGGUAAAUAUCAAUGAAUUAAUCUGUUCAUUCAUUCAUUUAUUGUCUGUGGGUUGCAGUGGGUCAGAUUCAUUGGGAGAAAGGCAGUAAACAGGAUUUCUACAGUCCAUAACAUCAUUAAAAGAUUUUGAAAAAUUCCAAAAAAUAUCUCUGCUUAAUGGUGCAUGGCCAAGAAAAAACAAUACUAAAAGCCUAUGACCUUUGAUCCCUCUGACAGUACUGCAGCUGUUUGUUUUUAUGCAGAUGUUAUGUUUUGUUAUGUUAUGUUAUGUUAUGGGAAAACAUGCCACUGUCAAGGCUUUUCUGGAAUGUGCUACAAACUAAUUGUAAGUAAAUAAACACAUUUUUCACCAUUAAA